GAAGUAACAGGAUUAUAACAUGUUUUAAAACUCACCAGAAUCUAUUUUGUGUAACAUGGGAGCUUUAAGAUAAAAUUCAAUUAAAAACUACACAGUAUAACAUUUUAAUUUGAAAGGAUUACAGGAAGCCCAGUGUUAUUUUCCCACUGUAACUUCACUGAACCAGCUUCCCUACUCCAGCGGCCAGUGGAGGGGUUUGGCACGGCGUGUGUUUAACGCGCUGCCCGCCUGACACAUUUAGCCCUGAGAUAAAUUAUCAGGAGGAGAGGAGGAGACAUGGCGGUGCAGAGAAGACGAAAGAACCGACUCUGAACGACUCAAACAUGGAGGACGAUCUGGCCUCAGAAGAUGAUAUUUUGCUGUGUUCAGAGAAGCAGUUUCACGACGCUGCAAAGAGAAAUGACACCAAGAAGAUGGAAGAACUCGUCAAAAAGGGCGUGGACCCCAAAGCCAAGAAUAAAGUCGACCGUAAAGCUCUGCACUGGGCGGCUGGAACUGGAAGUGAAGACGCCAUGAGAUUCCUCCUUCAACAUGAUACAGAUGUGGAUGAGCAGGAUUCUUAUGGGAUGAACCCUCUGCUGCUCGCCUCUUGGUUUGGUCACCUCAAAAUCCUGCAGGUUUUAGUGUCGUGUGGAGCUAAGCUGAACUGUGAAAACAAAGAUGGACUGAGCAUGCUCCACUGUGCAGCUCAGAGGGGUCAUAUCCACAUCCUGGAGUUUAUUAUGGAAGAUCUGGAAGGAAUUCACCUCGACUGUGGAGACAAGGCUGGAAAAACAGCUCUGCAUCUCGCUGCUGAACAAGGCCAACUUGAGGUGGUGGACUUUCUGAUCGGGAUGGGCUGCAGACAUGGACUCAAGGACAAGGAUGAAAACACAGCAUUGCAUUUAGGCAAACACGGCCACAGUGAUGUCCUGAACAAACUGACGGAGAUGGGGCUGGACAUGGACGAGAGGAACAUUGACGGUCUGACGGCGCUGCACUUUGCCGCUGAUGGAGGCCACUAUCUGUGUGUGAGACUCCUCCUAGAGUCUGACUGCAACCUCAACGCUCUCACUAAUAAAAACAGAAAUGCUCUGCACUUUGUGGCAGAACACGGCUAUGACAGAGAAGCCAGUUUACUGAUCGAGGCUGGGAUCGAUAUUGAUGCUGUGGACAAUCAAAACAACUCUCCCCUUCACCUGGCUGUGACCCACAAUCACACUGAAGUGGCUCGGAUCCUUAUCAACGCAGGGUGCAACCUCGACAUCACUGAUAAUAGACAGCAGACAGCUUUGCACAUAGCAGCUGAAAAUGGCUCGCAGGACUUGGCCGAAAUGAUGCUGAUUUCUGGAGUUAACCUCAAUCUAACUGACAAACAGGGUAAAUCAUGUGUGGAGGUGGCGUCUAGAGGAAACCACGUGGUCCUGGUGGAUAUGAUCAUCAAAGCAGAUCGUUUUUACAAAUGGGAGAAGGACCAGGUGAGUUCUGACCCUGACUCGUGCCUGUGUCGUCCUCUCAGUUUCAAACAAGACCGGAGCUCAGAGACACAGCACAUUCGCUCUGUGCUGUGGACUUUAGCCACGAGGCACCUGUGCAGAGGAGAGUGGAGGCUGCUGGCCCAACACUGGUGCUUCACUGACGCUCACAUACGCGCCAUAGAGCACCAGUGGACAGGCAUGAAGAGUUACAAAGAGCAUGGACACAGGAUGCUGCUUAUCUGGCUCCAUGGUGUUGUGACGGCCGGAGACAACCCGAUCAAAGGCCUGUACGAGGGGCUAGUGGAGAUACAACGCAAUGAUUUAGCGGAGUCAGUGCGACAAAAGGCUAACGCAGACACCAGCUCUCCCAAAAAGUGCACGGCCAUGUAACCAACACUGUGACUGAGAGAAGGACUGGACCAAUGAUGAAAUCCUGAACAGCUAAGCAAUGGACAUCAUUGCAUUACCUCCAUGACCAAGAUGAUGAAUGGUUAACCUGAAAACCACACUGUUCUACUUGAGCUAUGUCUGUGACACACUACAUACUGUUGGAAAAAGCACAAAUCACCUUUUAACCACAUUUCAUUGUAGCUGCAAAUAAAUUGUUAAUGUUAAUGUUGUAAAUGUCAAUAAUGGUUAAAUUCCCCACCUACGACAGUGAAUACAAUUAUCGUGUUCCUCUUUUGGCAAGACACUUCUCCCACUUUGCUUCAAGGUGUGAAAUGUGAGAGGUGAAUUAUGGUUGCAGAAGUCAGAGUUGUGAAAUAGUAGCCAUGUUUCUAUCACCAGGGCAGCUGUGGCGUACACUUGUGGCACCGUCAGAGGACAGAGUAAAUAAAUCUCUAAAGUCCCAAAAUGAAUGCAAAUAGUGCUGCUACAUUCAGAUAUAUAUUGAAAUUAUAGAUUGACUGAUAUAUCUGUUGGUCAAUAUAUUGGACUGAUAUUUGAACUGACUGAAUUGACUUGCUGCUUAAAAAUACCCACAAAACUUAAUUUGAACACUUUUUAGAGAGAAGAGAUAACUGCACCAAACAUGACUACACAGCUUUUAGGUUUGUGGUAAAAAAAAAAAGGGUGGGUUUUAAGUGAGUUUUAAGUCAAUUUAAAUUACACAAUUUGGCAAAAAUAAUAAAAAUUGGCCCCAAAUGUCUGCCCAGAAAUAUUGGCCUCUGUUAAAAAUAUCGGCAGAGCUCAUCGCCAAUCCAUUCCUCUGGAUUCUAAACAAUCAAUACUUGCAUGAAAAAUGAAAACAACCGGUCGAUCUUUAAUUUAAAUUAGUGUAUAAAACAGCUGUCCACAACCUGCUGAGCUAUAGUACUUUGUAGUUGUUUUUUACCAGUUACAUAAAGGGGCAUUCAACUAUCCUUGGAUUUCAGUUUCCUGUUGUUAGUAACAAUUCAAUCAUCUGUUUUGAGUUGUUGUCUGCUAUGGCAACAGUCCGAAUUUUCCACCAUUCUGAUCUGAAACCCAUGGAUUGUCUAAAACCUGUUUCAUUAAGAUAAGAUUAUGCACAUGUCUGACACUGUAAGUACCAUUAUCUUACGACACUGCCUUCUGUCGUUCUUCUUAGGUAGCUGUGUAAAUACGAUUGACUCACCUUUGUUUGAUGAGACAUAAACCACAAAAGCACACAUCACUGAACCAGCAUCCUUACCACUGAGCCCCUGCUGCUCAUAACUUACUCACAGGGUUACAAGUGCUGCACUUAAAAACAUUUCGCUAUUGUAUGUGGCAUUAUAUUAUGUUGAAAUUAAUGCUUUUAUCUAAUUUCUAUCUUGUAUUUAAAAUGUUACCAAAUUAGCACAAUAAUGAGAUUUAUAAAUAACUAUAGUCUUAAUUAGACCUACUCUAAGUUUAUCUUGUAGCCUUCUUUUUGGCAUAGGAAUUGCAAACAUUAUGCAAUUAAUAAAUACUUGAAAAGAUGUGUGCAAGCCUUUAGCAGUAUAAUGUACACCAGUGUUGCAUGGGACUUGUUUUGCAUGAAAAAAGGAAUUACAUAAAUUGUUGACAUUUUUGUAAAUAUAUAGAAAUGGGCUAUAUUUGUAUAUCAUGGUUUCAUACAGUAAAUUUCUGUCAACUGCUGCAUAAAUGUUUGUUUUGUGUUUGCAUGGGAAACUGGAUGCCUUUGGCCUGCCUAUAAUCCUUAAAGCUUACUUGAGAAAUGCUAUAAUUUAUUUGUGUGCAAAGCCAAAAACAUAGACUGUAUUUAUGACUUCUUCUUGACUGUAUAUAUAUCUUCUUUAUACAGUCUAUGGUAAAAACGGAUGCAUGUGCUGUUUAAUUGCCAAUAAAUAUAAAUAUCCAAAGACGAAAUAAACUUAAAAAAAAUAUUUUAACACAAUACAAUAAGAAGUGUUAUUUAUUUUGUUUUUAAUUUAAUCUCAUAAUGCAAUGUUUUGAAAUAUUUAGAUGUAAAAAAAUAAAAAUAAUUCAGUUUGUAACGGAAGUUGUUAUUUGCCGCAAUGCAUACUGGGCUUUGUAGUUCGUUUCGCCUGCAGUCGUUGAAGGCGCUGCUAGUGGUUCUUUGUCGUUGCAUUUGUGGUUUUUUGCAAGUUUAACGAUGUCUUCAGGCGGUGUGGUCGUGGAAAACCGUAACGAAGG